AUGGCUGCCACCACCACUCACACCUCCACCACUCACACCUCCACCUUCACCACUCCCACCUCUACUCCCACCUCCACCACUCCCACCUCCACUCCCACCUCCACCACUCCCACCUCCACCACUCCCACCUCCACCACUCCCACCUCCACCUUCACCACUCCCACCUCUACUCCCACCUCCACCUCCACCACUCACACCUCCACCACUCCCAUCUCUACCUCCACCACUCCCACCUUCACCUCUACCACUCCCACCUCCACCACUCCCACCUCCACCUUCACCACUCCCACCUCCACUCCCACCUCCACCUCCACCACUCCCACCUUCACUCCCACCUUCACCUCCACCACUCCCACCUCCACUCCCAUCUCUACCUCCACCACUCACAUCUCCACCACUCCCACCUCCACCUCCACCACUCCCACCUCCACCACUCCCAUCUCCACCACUCAUACCUCCACCACUCACACCUCCACUCCCACCUCCACCACUCCCACCUCCACUCCCACCUCCAAGUCUACCACUCCUACCUCCACUCCCACCUCCACCUCCACCACUCACACCUCCACCACUCCCACCUCCACCUUCACCACUCCCACCUCCACCACUCCCACCUCCACCACUCCCACCUCCACUCCCAUCUCUACCUCCACCACUCACAUCUCCACCACUCCCACCUCCACCUCCACCACUCCCACCUCCACCACUCCCAUCUCCACCACUCAUACCUCCACCACUCACACCUCCACUCCCACCUCCACCACUCCCACCUCCACUCCCACCUCCAAGUCUACCACUCCUACCUCCACUCCCACCUCCACCUCCACCACUCACACCUCCACCACUCCCAUCUCUACCUCCACCACUCCCACCUUCACCUCUACCACUCCCACCUCCACCUUCACCACUCCCACCUCCACCACUCCCGCCUCCACCACCACCGCUCCCACCUCUGCCACCAUCAUUCCCACUUCUGCCACUACUCACUACCAUUGUUGACUCUCUACCUGCUAUUCUCGGGGGAGAAAGUGUAUCACACACAUAACUACAUUGAGUGCUUCCUCAUUUUUGUCCUUUCUGGCUGCUCCUCACCCUUCCUAGCUAUAGAAUAUAGAGGCUCCUGAGACCCCCACUGCUGCUAACUCUGAGGGCAUUGUGGAGAACAGAAGGUGGGGGUGAAGACUGGGGGCAGGUCAGACACCAAAGGGGUCACUCCUGUGGUCAUCUGCAGCCCACCCACCCCGGGAGUGACCCCGUGUUCACUGCAACCAUCCAUACUUUCUAAGCUGGUCAGUCCUGACUGACUCCUAUCAGUCCUUUCUAAGCUGGUCUCCUGGCCAGAGCUUUAUCUGCACAGGGCUCCAACAACGCUGUCUGUAAUCGUGUCCUUUCUUACCUCUCUGCCUGCACAGCUGGGGAGGGUU